UCCAGCCGCAGACCAAGCUCAAGAUGACAGACACUGCAGAAGUUUUAAAAGCUGCUGGUGACUGUGGGCGUUUUCAGAUAUGGUUAGUGGUGCUGAUUUCUCUCGCAUGCCCUAGCCUUUCUUUCCACCUGUUUAGCCAGAUUUUCAUGGUUCAGCAUGUGCCUCACCACUGCGAUACAAGUUGGAUCCUGGAAAUUAAUCCAAACCUGACCAAGGAAGAGCAGUUGAAUUUAACUAUUCCUCGCAACACGCAAGGCUCGUAUGAGGAAUGUUACAUGUAUACUCCAGUGGACUGGGAUCUGGACUCCAUCCGGCGCUAUGGGCUGAAUUCCACGGAGAAGUGCCGAGAUGGCUGGGUGUAUUUGUCCUCUGAAGAAACGCUCAUAACUAAGUUUGACCUGGUGUGCGACAGAAAAGAGCAAACGGACAUCUCCCAGUCCAUUUUCAUGCUGGGACUUCUCAUUGGGGCUUUCACCUUUGGUUCAUUAAGUGACAGCAUUGGUCGUCGUCCCACAACACUGGUUUGCUUGCUCAUACAAGGAGUGUUUGGCAUUGGAACAGCCUUCGUGCCAAAUUUCUAUGUCUAUGUGGCCUUGAGAUGGGCUAUAGGCGCUGCUCUGUCAGGAGUCGCCAUCGGCACUCUCGCCUUAGCCACUGAAUGGGUUGGCAUCUCCUACCGGCCGCAUGCGGUGAUAAUUUCCCACUGCUGGUUUGCCUUUGGACAGAUGACUUUGGCUGGCUUGGCUUAUGGCAUUCGCAACUGGAGGAUGCUGCAGAUUGCUGGGUCUGCUCCCGUGUUUGCUCUUUUCUUCUACAUAUGGGUCUUUCCUGAAUCUGCUCGAUGGCUCAUGGCAAAAGGGAGGAUAAAGGAAGCAAAAAAACUGUUUCAAAAGGCGGCAGUUAUGAAUAAACGUACCAUCCCACCAGAACUGCUUGAUGCGCUGACCCCUGAAAAGAAGUCCAAGUCUGGGAAUAUUCUGGAUCUCUUCAGGAAGCGGCAUCUGAGAAAAGUCACUUUAAUUAUGUCAAGUGCUUGGUUUGUGAACAGCCUUGUGUACUAUGGACUGAGCCUCAACAUAGGGAAUUUUGGCCUGGACAUCUACCUGACGCAGCUCGUGUUUGGGGCUGUCGAGAUACCAGCUCGCUUCAGCUGCAUCUACCUGAUGCAGUGGUUUGGGAGGAAGAAAUCCCAGAGCGGCUGCCUGCUGCUGGGUGGGAUUAUGUGCUUGAUCAUCACUGGCAUCCCGAAAGAUUUGCCGGUGGUGACCACGUCGCUGGCUGUCAUUGGGAAGUUUUCCAUUGCAGCCUCUUUUUCUGUCUCUUAUGUGUAUUCUGCGGAGCUGUUUCCCACUGUGGUCAGGCAGACCGGGGUAGGGCUGUGUUCAAUGUCAGCCAGACUUGGUGGCAUCAUCUCCCCUCUGAUUGGUCUCUUGAGCACCUACAACUCCGUGAUCCCCAUGGCAAUAUUUGGAAGCACGCCGGUGAUUGGGGGAAUCCUCUGCUGCCUGCUUCCAGAGACACGUGGGAAAGAACUUCGGGACGGCACCGAGGAGCCCGUGGAGAACCAGUGGUCCAGCGACAAUGGGCGCUUGAAACAAAAAGAGGACAGCCAAGAGGUGGAAGGCACAAAGACCACGCGCUUCUAGAGGAAGCCGCAAGCCAUUGUCAGAUCCAGAGGAAUCAAAGACCAACCAGUGCUGUCGGGGGUGUGAGAUCCACAAGGAGUCAGGGGAUUUUCCUUUUUCCUUCACUAGGUCUUGACCUCUUUUUUUUCCCCAUUUGUCUCCUCCAAGCCCCCUCUAGUGUUCCCUAAUACACACUACAUGUUGUCCCUUUUGUUCAGUGAGUAUUGGACAGAAUAGUCUGAUCUGAAGAAAAUAGAAGUUAAUCACCUACAGGAAUAAAAGCAGAUGUUGGAGCAGAAUACUUGAGUCUUCCCUUCCCUUCCCUCUCAUCUGUCAGCACCUACGCCAUCUCUGGAAACCCUUCCCAGGCAUGACACCUAUUCAAUUGUGGAAUAGCCUUACAAAGUCAAUGCAUCGCUUGCAAUAUGUAUAUCUGAACUGGAUGGAGUAGAAGGAAACAAACAGGGGGAUGCAUAUUGCUAGAUCAUCUAGUAAGUCUUUUCAUCUCUCAUUCCUUCUCUUCUCCACCGGAGCUUCAAAACCCUGCCCCUUUUGUCUAGCUCCAAGCUACCCAAGUAAGAAGAAUCAAGCCAGCGGUUUGUUGCAGGAGCAGCAAAUGAUGGCCUUAGUGGAAAGCAGAAUUUCCUUUAGAUGUCACUGGAGCUGGCUGUUAAACUGAAAACUUUUGGAGACACCUUGUGUGCAGGACGGUGCUGGAAAGAAGCGUUUCCCUUCACACAGCAAUUUUUUUCCUGCUCAAGAUGCUCUGCAAUCAUCAGGACCAGUUUAAUUUGAAUCUCCAAGGAAAUCAAUGAGCUGUUUGGAACUUGAGGUCUCUGGAGAGACCGUAUCCCACUCAAGUGAUGAUCUGGUUGGAUAUUGGGUUCUGUUUGCUUGUUCGUACAAUGCCCCUCACUGUUACGGAUGGGCUUGUGAUUUAUCUUCACAGUGAAGAAAAGCCACUCCCCUCCCUACGCUGCACCUUCACAGACCGCCUGGUCAGACCAGUCACUUGCUCUGGGCGAAGCUUGGAGCAGAGCCAACCCUCCUGCUCUUUGCUUGACCACCUGCAGCUCGGUGCCAGUCGCGCUGCCAUUGCCUAAACUCAAAGAAGACUCAAUUUUGCUUCAUCAGGACCCCCUGCGAAGCCCCUGUUGGCAGUUUUCCCUUGUGACGAGUUUUCUGCUUAUUUUGUGGCUAAACUGAAUCAGAUGCGAUGGAAGAACAUCAACAUGGGGGUGCAGGUUCAACCUCACCUGCUUCCUGGGACUGGGGCCUGCAAGGCAUCCCUUGUGGCCAGUGAACUCUAGUGCACCGGGUCCAUUGGUGGAGGGUGAUGCCGUGUUGCCAUCUGUCAGGAGAUACUACCAGCUUCUUGGAUUAAGCUUGUUUUAUAAAUAAAAAUUAUCCGAGUAUGUUGGAAUAAAAAAUUGUUC